UGCAAUUCUGAAAAAAUCCUCAGAUCCUUAUGUUUUUCUAUCAAAAAUUUACAUGGAAUUAGUAUUACUCUUUCUUGGAGAACCUCCUUACAGCAAUCUCCAGGUAUUAUUUUUAUGAUCAAAAAGAUCUUGGCAAGAACUAGAAGUAACAUAGAUGUAAGAAUCGUUACCAAAUCCUUUUUUUCUCAUAGAAAACUUGGAAAAGACUUCUGAAUUUUUAUCUGCGGAACGAGCAUUCUCAAAGACGAAUGUCGUAUUUGUAGCGCUUGCUCCCACAAGAGACGAGAUCCCUUCGAUAACGACGAUUUCUUUUCUUUUUUGUUCAUUGUAGUAAUUCUCAAUAUUCCAGUUGAUACCCGAUGGGCACAGAAUGCGACGACUGUUGCUGGAGGUCAUGGAUGGGGCAGUGCCACCGAUCAACUCAGCGGGCCUUAUGGUCUCUUCAUUGAUGAUGAUCAAACGAUUGUCAUUGCUGACUGCUGGAAUCAUCGUAUCAUCCAAUGGAAGAUGGGUGAUAAGAAUGGACAAGUAGUAGCUGGUGGCAAUGGCCUAGGAAAUCGAUUGGAUCAAUUGCAUGAACCAACCGAUUUUCUGAUCGACAAAGAGACGCAUAGUCUCAUUAUUUGUGAUCCAGAGAAUCGACGAGUUGUACGAUGGUCUCGUCGUAGUGGUACAACUCAAGGAGAAAUUCUUUUCGACAACAUCAGUUGUCGGGGAUUGGGCAUGGAUGAUCAGAGAUAUCUUUACAUCUCUGACAUCGGCAAACAUGAAGUAAGACGAUAUCAAAUAGGAGACAAGAAUGGAACUCUUGUAGCUGGUGGCAAUGGCAGAGGUGCUGGUCUCAAUCAACUCAACUUUCCGACCUACAUCUUUGUCGAUCAACAACAGACUGUCUACGUGUCAGACAACAACAAUCAUCGUGUAAUGAAAUGGAAUAAAGGUGCAAAAGAAGGAAUUGUUGUCGCUGGAGGUCAAGGCAAAGGGAAUGAACUAACACAAUUGUCGUAUCCUCUAGGACUAUUCGUCGAUACAUUGGGUACCAUCUAUGUGGCAGACUUGAAGAAUAAUCGAGUGAUGCGUUGGCCUAAAGGAGCGAAACAGGGCACUGUCAUUGUGGGUGGAAAUGGUCUAGGAGCAAAUCAGUUCAAUGACCCAGUCGGUUUGUCCUUCGAUCGACAUGGCAAUCUCUAUGUCGUCGAUAAUGCUAAUCAUCGUGUUCAACGCUUUUCAAUCGAAUAG